AUGGAUCACAAUUCCCGUAAGCGUCGUCGUCUUGACGCUGCUGCUACACUCUCAAAGCCAUUCAAGUCUCCACUGCGCAGACCCCUCUCCACAGAGUUCAAUUCGCCAACUUUGACGUCAGGCUCAACCACUCAGCAUGCAACUCAACCAGCCUCUCCAGUCCAGACCAAACAAAACCAAGAGAAAGCUGCAACUACACCGAAGUUCUCACCAGUUGUCCGCCGUCAGAUUCCAGGAUUCAUCGGCCCGACUACGCCAACGCGAUCCGCCGACCCAGAACUCUUAGACUUACAGAAACAGCAAGUCUCUCUCCAAUCACGAAUGUCCGCUCUACGCAAGGACCGAGACACGGUCCACCAAGCGCUCCGAAUUGAAUCGACCAGCAAAGACACAGAGCUUGAAGCCUUGAUCCUCAAAUGGCGUCGUGCGGGUCAGGACGCUGCCGACGAUGUAUAUGCUAACGCUCAAGAACGUGUGACCAGGAUGGGUGGGAUGGCAGCCUGGAUGGAGCGCAGCAGACGUGAUGCCGUGCGAUGGGACAACGAGGAACCACAGGCGCAUGAGUCGGACCGGAAGAGUAAUUCAAGCCACCAAGAAAAGGAGAUGCCGGACGUGGAAUUCACGAUGGGAUUUAUGCUCAAGACCCUCAACAUCGAGCCUAAGACGAUCGGGUACGACCCCGCGACGGGCAAAUGGAUCCGGGAGGUUUAG